UUAUUUUGACGAGGCCGGGCGGAAGCUGAGGGGUCGGUUGUUGCGCAUUGACUCCGGUGGGGUCCUCAGCGCCGCGGUGCAGCUCGUUUUGGGGCAGAAGCUGCGGAGUGAAGGCGGAGGAGGUGACGACGAGCUGCGAGGCUGCGACACCGACAACCGAGCGAACGGCGGCUGACACUCAGUCAGACUGAGAAACGACAGAGACAUGUCGGUGUCCACGCAGCUGGGUCUGCUGCUGUGGAAGAACUUCACCUACAGACGACGACAGACGCUUCAGCUGCUGUUGGAGAUCGUCUGGCCGCUCUUCAUCUUCUUCAUCCUUAUUGCCGUGCGUUUGAACUACCCACCUUACGAACAGCAUGAGUGCCAUUUUCCGAACAAGGCGAUGCCUUCAGCCGGAACGCUGCCCUGGCUUCAGGGAAUCCUCUGCAACGCCAACAACCCGUGCUUUAGGAACCCGACGCCGGGCGAGUCUCCAGGCGUCGUCGGCAACUUCAACGACUCCAUAAUUUCUCGGCUGUUUUCCGACGCUAAGAGAAUUCUUCUGUACAGUCAGAAUGACAGAAACCUGGACGGGUUUAAGGAGCUAACUCAGGCCCUGCAGACGCUGCAGAACAGCCAGUCAGGAUUCAAACUAAAGCAUUUCCUGCGAGACAAUGAGACGCUGUCAAGCUUUCUGCUGAGGAAUGCCUCGUUCCCUGAACACAGCGUCCAGGUGAUCAGAGAGGCCGACGUCAACCUGGAGAAGGUUCUCCUCAGAGGCUUUGGGGUCCACCUGAGGGACAUGUGUCCUUCAGGUGGUAAGCACCGCUUGGAGGACUUCAUCAUGAUCCCAGACCCGCAGGUAUUGUUGCUGGUACAGGAGGUCAUCUGUGAGGCAUCGCCGACCUGGCUGAACCAGGCUGAGGAGCACUUCCUGAGCAACCUGGACUUCCUCAAACCCAUCCAGAGGGACGGGCAUUCAGACCCUGAAGCUGUCAGACAAGUUGCCCGAGCGACCAACAAACUGCUGGAGAACCUGGGGUCACUGGCUGUAGAGCUGGCCAGUAUGAAGAGCUGGAUUGACCUGAGGAACGAGAUAAACUUUCUGACUCAGAACGCCACGUCCUCGCCCAGUGCCAUGUACCAGGCCGUCUCCAGGAUUGUGUGCGGUCACCCUGAGGGUGGCGGGCUGCAGAUCAAAUCCCUCAACUGGUAUGAAGACAGCAACUACAAAGCCCUGUUUGGAAACUACAACAGUAGCGAAGACGAGAGCAUGACACUCUACGACAACUCGUCCACGCCGUACUGUAACAGCCUGGUGAAGAACAUGGACUCCAACCCCAUGUCCAGGAUGAUCUGGCAGGCUCUUAAGCCUCUACUCUUGGGGAAGAUCCUGUACACCCCCCAUACUCCUGUCACCCAGAGGAUCAUCCAUGAGGUGAACCGGACCUUCCAGGAGCUUGGCGUCUUCAGGGACCUGGGAGGAAUGUGGGAGGAGAUGAGGCCCAAAGUGUGGAACUUCAUGGAGAACAGUCAGCACAUGGACCUGAUCCGGACUCUGCUGAAGAACAACAUCACUGCGAGGUUCCUCCAUGCACAACUGACCAAAACGGACUGGACCGUGGCCGAUGUUUCCAACUUCUUGUCCAAGCAGGCAGAAGACCUGCAGCCGCCGGGCAGCGACAUCACAUGGAGGGACGUGUUUAACGAGACUGACCAGGCCAUCAUGAGCAUUUCCCGCUUCAUGGAGUGUGUUAACCUGGACAAACUGGAGCCAGUGUCCACUGAGGAGCGACUGGUCAACCAGUCCAUGGGUCUGCUGGAGGACAGAAAGUUCUGGGCAGGCAUCGUGUUCCCCGAUAUCCUCCCCAAUGCUACAGAGCUGCCAGCUAAAGUCAACUACAAGAUCCGCAUGGAUAUCGACAACGUGGAGCGAACCAAUAAAAUCAAAGACGCGUACUGGGACCCCGGUCCUCGUGCUGACCCAUUUGAGGACAUGCGGUACAUCUGGGGUGGGUUCCUCUACCUGCAGGAUGUUAUUGAGCAAGGCAUUGUCAGAGCCGUGACGGGCACCAAGGAGAAGACGGGCAUCUACAUCCAGCAGAUGCCGUACCCCUGCUAUGUAGACGACAUCUUCCUGCGGAUCAUGAGCCGCUCCAUGCCGCUCUUCAUGACGCUGGCCUGGAUGUACUCGGUGGCGAUCAUCCUGAAAAGCGUGGUGUACGAGAAGGAGGCACGACUGAAGGAGACCAUGAGGAUUAUGGGUCUGGAUAACGGCAUCCUAUGGUUCAGUUGGUUCAUCAGCAGCCUGAUCCCCCUGCUGAUCAGCGCCGGGCUACUGGUGCUGCUGCUCAAGAAGGGGAACCUGCUGCCUUACAGUGACCCAGGCGUGGUUUUCCUCUUCCUGGGAUCUUUUGCGGUGGUGACCAUCAUGCAGUGUUUCCUCCUCAGCACCGCGUUUGCCCGAGCGAACUUGGCUGCUGCCUGUGGCGGGAUCAUCUACUUCACGCUCUACCUGCCCUACGUUCUCUGCGUUGCCUGGCAGGACUACAUCGGCUUUGGAGCCAAGGUUUUUGCUAGCCUCCUGUCUCCUGUAGCAUUUGGGUUUGGCUGCGAGUACUUUGCUCUGUUCGAGGAGCAGGGGGUUGGUAUCCAGUGGAAGAACCUGGUGUCUAGUCCUUUGGAGGAGGACGACUUCAGCCUCCGCACCACCAUCAUCCUCAUGUACUUUGACUCCUUCCUGUAUGGAGUCCUUACCUGGUACCUGGAGGCCGUGUUCCCAGGUCAGUACGGGAUUCCUCGACCCUGGUAUUUUCCCUUCUCCAGGUCCUACUGGUUUGGGGAGGAGGAAGGAAAGUCCAGUAAAAUCCCUCUAAACCGAAAAGGAAACGCAGGAGCUGUGUACAUGGAAGAGGAGCCAGCUCACCUGGAGCCCGGUGUCUACAUCGAGAACCUUGUAAAGGUCUAUCGUCAUGGGAAGAAGCUGGCAGUGGAUGGACUGACGCUCGGCUUCUACGAGGGACAAAUCACCUCUUUUCUGGGACACAACGGAGCCGGAAAAACCACCACCAUGUCCAUCCUUACUGGCCUGUUUCCACCCACCUCGGGUACAGCCUACAUCCUGGGCAGGGACAUCCGGACCGACCUGAGCACCAUCAGACAGAGUCUGGGAGUCUGUCCCCAACACAAUGUCCUUUUCAGCAUGCUGACAGUGGAGGAGCACAUCUGGUUCUAUGCGCGUCUUAAAGGACUGUCAGAGGAGAGGGUGAAAAGUGAGAUUGAGCAGAUCCUGAAGGACACCGGGCUACCACACAAGCGCUCCUCUCGGACCAGCACUCUGUCCGGGGGCAUGCAGAGGAAGCUGUCUGUGGCUCUGGCGUUCGUGGGGGGAUCAAAGGUGGUGAUCCUGGACGAGCCCACUGCCGGCGUUGACCCAUAUGCCCGUAGAGGAAUAUGGGACCUACUGCUGAAGUACCGCCAGGGUAGAACCAUCAUCUUGUCGACACACCACAUGGACGAGGCCGACAUUCUGGGCGACCGCAUUGCUAUUAUCUCCCACGGAAAGCUGUGCUGUGUCGGCUCGUCUCUGUACCUCAAGAACCACCUUGGAACAGGAUACUACCUAACCCUGGUGAAGAAGGAACCAGAACCAUCUCUCAGUUCCUGCAGGAACUCAUCCAGCACUGUGUCCUUCACCAAGAAGGAGGAGGAAUGCGCUUCGGUUAGCAGCAGUGACGCAGGACUCGGCAGCGAACAUGAAAGUGAGGCUGCUACCAUCGAGAAUGGCCCCUCAGCUUCGGUCUGCAAUGUCCCCUUCGUUCCCCCAGACGUGACGCUGAUCUCCAGUCUGAUUCUGCGACACGUCCCUGCAGCACGCCUGGUGGAGGACCUGGGUCAUGAGCUGACCUACAUCCUGCCGUACAGCGCUGCCAAAGAUGGCGCCUUCGUGGAGCUUUUCAAGGACCUGGACAUGAAGCUGUCGUACCUCAGCAUCUCCAGCUACGGAGUGUCUGACACCACGCUGGAGGAGAUUUUCCUGAAAGUAGCUGAAGAUAACGGAGUUGACACUGAUGUACCCUCAGACGGGACGCUUCCUGUCCAGAGACGAAGGAGGACUCACGCCUUUGGUGGAGGAGACCCCCAAAGCUGCCUGAGACCUUUGACUGAGGAUUACAACAACGAUGGCAAUGACUCUGAUGGAGACCCAGAGGGCAGGGAGACAGACUGGCUGAAAUGCACCGAUGGUAAAGGCUCGUAUCAGGUGAAGGGUUGGCAUCUGAUGCAGCAGCAGUUUGUGGCGCUGAUGUGGAAACGCUUCCUGUAUGCUCGGCGCUCCAGGAAGGGCUUCUUUGCUCAGAUUGUCCUUCCUGCCAUGUUUGUCUGCAUCGCUUUGAUCUUCAGCCUCAUCGUUCCCCCGUUUGGAAAGUAUCCCAGUCUGGAGCUGCAGCCGUGGAUGUACGAGGACCAGGUCACCUUUAUUAGUGAUGACGCUCCCACUGACGCCAACAUGCAGAAGCUUCUGAACUCCCUGCUGGACACUCCAGGCUUUGGGACUCGCUGCAUGGACGGACAUCCUAUACCGGAGACUCCCUGUACGAUGGGAGACGAGGACUGGCACGUCCCUGAUGUCCCUGAAGUUCAGCAGAUGUUCAGCUCAGGGAACUGGACCAUGGAGAAUCCUUCUCCGGCCUGUAACUGCAGCUGUGAUGGAAAGAAGAAGAUGCUCCCGGAGUGUCCUGUAGGAGCUGGAGGACCGCCCCCCCCUGAGAUGAAGCUGAGUGCCACCGACACACUGCAGAACCUGACAGGAAGGAACAUCUCUGACUACCUGGUGAAAACAUAUGCUCAGAUCAUUGGCAAGAGCCUAAAGAACAAGGUGUGGGUCAACGAGUUCAGGUAUGGAGGAUUCUCACUGGGAGCCAGAAGCACUCAGGUGCUGCCACCAGCCGAUGAGAUUGAUGACGCCAUCGAGAGAGUCCGGAAGAUCUUUGAAAUCCAGAAGGGGGCAGCUGCAGAUCGGUUCCUUGAGAGUUUGUCUGGAUUCAUUAACGGCCUGGAUACAAAGAACAACGUGAAGAUCUGGUUCAACAACAAAGGCUGGCAUAGCAUUGGUGCCUUCAUCAACGUCAUGAGUAACGGCAUCCUGAGAGCUAACCUGCCAGAGGAGAAGGAUCCCAGCCGCCACGGCAUCAGUGUCUUCAACCACCCACUGAAUCUGACCAAGGAGCAGCUGUCCCAGGUGGCGCUGGUGACGACCUCUGUGGACGUCCUGGUGUCCAUCUGUGUCAUCUUUGCCAUGUCCUUUGUCCCGGCCAGCUUCGUAGUCUUCCUCAUCCAGGAGCGCGUCAGCAAAGCCAAACACAUGCAGUUCAUCAGCGGAGUCCAGCCACUGCUGUACUGGGUGGCCAACUUCACCUGGGACAUGUGUAACUACGUUGUCCCAGCGACGCUCGUCAUCCUCAUCUUUGUCUGUUUCCAACAAAAAGCCUACGUGUCCUCCACCAACCUUCCGGUGCUCGCCCUGCUGCUGCUGCUCUACGGCUGGUCGAUCACACCUCUUAUGUAUCCGGCCUCCUUCUUCUUUAAGAUCCCCAGCACAGCCUACGUGGUCCUCACCAGCGUCAACAUCCUGAUUGGCAUCAACGGCAGCAUCUCCACCUUUGUCAUGGAGCUGUUUGGAAACAACGAGAUUGGAGGAAUCAACGACAUCCUGAAGAAUGUCCUCCUCAUCUUCCCUCACUUCUGUCUUGGCCGAGGACUCAUUGACAUGGUGAAGAACCAAGCGAUGGCUGACGCCCUCGAGAGAUUCGGUGAAAACAGGUUUCGCUCUCCUCUGGAAUGGGACAUGGUGGGAAAAAACCUGUUUGCUAUGGCUGUGGAGGGAGUGGUGUUCUUCAUCAUCACCGUCCUCAUCCAGUACAGGUUCUGCAUUAAACCCAGGCCGCUCAGUAAACUCACCAAACUGGGACCUCUGGGUGAGGAGGAUGAGGAUGUGGCUCGAGAGAGACAGCGAAUCGUCCAUGGCCUCGGGCACGGAGACAUCCUGGAGCUCAGACAGCUCACCAAGGUCUUUAAGGUGAAGCAGAAGCCAGCCGUGGAUCGACUGUGUGUAGGAAUUCCUCCUGGAGAGUGCUUCGGUCUGCUAGGUGUCAAUGGAGCUGGGAAGACCACCACCUUCAAGAUGCUGACAGGAGACACGGGGGUGACCAGCGGGGAGGCCUUCCUGGCUGGAAAGAGUAUCCUGAGGGAAAUCAAUACUGUCCAUCAGAACAUGGGUUACUGUCCUCAGUUUGAUGCCAUCAACGAUCUGCUAACAGGACGAGAACAUCUGGAGCUGUACGCUGUUCUCCGAGGAGUCGGCGAGAGCGAAGUCUGCGACGUGGCAGAGUGGGGGAUCAGGAAGCUGGGGCUGGUGAAGUAUGCUGAUAAAGCUGCAGGAAGUUACAGCGGAGGAAACAUGAGGAAACUGUCCACGGCCAUGGCUCUAAUCGGAGCGCCGCCCGUCGUCUUCUUGGACGAGCCCACCACCGGCAUGGACCCCAAAGCCCGCCGGGCCCUGUGGAACUGCAUCCACAGCGUCAUCAAAGAGGGGCGCUCCGUCGUCCUCACCUCUCACAGUAUGGAGGAGUGUGAGGCUCUGUGCACCAGGAUGGCCAUCAUGGUGAAUGGCAGGUUCAGAUGCCUCGGCAGCGUCCAGCACCUGAAGAACAGGUUUGGCGACGGCUACACCAUCAUCCUGCGGGUGGCGGGACCUGACCCAGACCUGCUGCCCGUCAUGAAGUUCAUAGAAAGCGAGCUUAGCGGCAGCACGCUGAAGGAGCGUCACAGGAACAUGCUGCAGUACCAGCUGCCUUCUUCUCUUACUUCACUCGCCCACAUUUUCUCCAUCCUGGCUAAAAAUAAGGAGAUGCUGCGGAUAGAAGACUACUCCGUCACACAGACCACGCUGGACCAGGUAGACACGGGUGUUCGUGAACUUUGCCAAGGACCAGAGCGAUGACUACCACUCCAAAGACAACUCUGUGAGACGGAAGGACGUCUCCGUUGACAUGUCUACACUGAGCCCCAAGGCUGCCGUGGAGGCAGCCGGACUGAGGGAGAGCGUCAUGUGACCACGCAAUCCCACACCUGGACUCUGGACCCUGCAGCAGAGAGGACCCCACAUGCUGCCUCAUGCCACUCAAUGCAAACCAACUCUGUUAGUGCCGACACCGUGAUCCAACGGUGCCUCUAAGAACAGUCCAGGGUCCGGUUGGGUUAUGAAGAAUCCGAAUCAUUUCAAACUGCCAAGGGCUCCAACGCAAAAAUCCCAAUUGAAAUAACCUCUGAUCUUUUUAGUCUUCAGACUUUUAUUUAUGUGUAGAUUAAACUAAAUGUAAUUUGUUUUAUUUCGACCAGAGGCCAAGUGGCAUUACUGUUUCCUGUAGUAUUUAGCAAGUUGAUUUUAGUUUUUUUCUAAAGAAAAGAAACAAGCAGAUUCAUUUGUUUGGUUUUAACGUAACGUGAAAAUACCUCAUUAGCUUCUGACAGAAAACUGUAGUAUUAUCAGGAAACAGCUGAUCGAGACGCGGCCACAGAUUGUUCUCGGCAUGCUCUGUUCCAGCAGCAGGAGGCUGAAGUGGCCGAUCAGACUGAAACACUUCAUCGGUCAGUUCGUGUUUGCACUGAACCUGAUUUUUAUCCAUCGACAGGAGCAAGUUUAUUUAUUGUGACAGCAGAAGAACUGUUACUACAAGGAAACCAAUACUACAAUCACAAUCACCCACAUGUCAUGUCUCUGCUCCACAUCAGUGGGUUAACCGAGGCGCCACGAGCUGCUGAGCAGUCGGUGACUCAGGACUAAACUGGAUCCAGGACAGCAGACAAGUUAGACAAAGAAAUCUGUAUAACACAGUCAGACGUCAGUAAAAAGUUCCAGGAGAAUCUAUUUUGAUUCUUAGUUUUUAAGCUGUCAGUGAUGCAUUUUGUGUCAUGAGAGACAAGUCUCUCUUCACAGACAAACCAAUGUUGGCGUCCUGCAGGUGUUUGCACAGCUGUGAACAAUAAACGCGAUCAGUAACACAACA